CCGUCCUGCAGAGAGAUCGCCAUAUUGUACUUUGAGGAACAAGAGGUGCAACCACGCCAUUGUGCGCAUCACGCUAUUUCUUGCCCGAUUUUGCAAGUAACAAGUAAAACAUAAUUUAAAUGAAUGGACAACAUGUACAGUAACAGUAUUGAUCCAUGGGAACCAGGUUAUGGGCCUGAAAGAAGAGGACAUAACUCGGAUUAUGACUAUCGUAAUGAAUAUGGAAGUAGCAGAUCACCAGAAUAUACUGAGCAUCGUGACAAUGAUCAUCGUGAUAGGGAUCACAGAAGUCCAGAAUACAGAAAUCAUCGUGGUAGGGACAGAGAUCGUGAAAGGGACCGUUCCAGAGACAGAAGAGAUCGAAGUAGAGACGACAGAGAUCGCAGUUACAGGGACAGAGAGGACCGUUAUGGAAGACAAAGAGACAGAGACUCUGUAGAAAGAGACAGAGAUCGGGAUCGUGACCGCGACAGAGACAGAGACCGCUCUAGGAGAGACAGAGACAGGGAUAGAGAUAGAGAUCGUAGAGGAAAACGGGAAGAAAGAGACAGGGAUCGUGAUGAUGAUCACAGUCGAGAAAGCAUGGACUUUGAGCAUGACCAUGGACGUACUUAUGGUUCGUCCAUGGAAGGCAUCCACUACAAAUCUCAAUCUCCAAACAACACCAUAAUGAUUCGUGGGCUUGCACAGCACAUUACAGAAAAUGACGUGCGGCAAGACAUCCUCAACUGUGGUCUCAUGCCCAAGGACAUCAGGCUAAUUCGUAAAAAGGAUACAGGUGCUUCGCGAGGUUUUGCAUUCGUCGAGUUUAACGCGACUCAGGAGGCCGCACGGUGGAUGGAGAUGAAACAGGGAGUACUGAUGCUGCAGGACCAAUAUCGUGCAUUGAUGCAGUACAGUAUCCCGAAAGAUUGCCAUGUAGAUAAGCCACCAGCAAAAAAUACACAGGAUUGGCAUUGUGUUAAGUGUGGCGCACACAAUUUUAAGAGGCGCGAAACGUGCUUUAAAUGUUCCGCCUCGCGAGCAGAGAGCGAAGAAGGUGGAGAAGGUAGCGAUGAAAUCAGCCCUCACCCCACGAACACCGUUCUUCUGCGAGGAUUAGACGUGUUAACGACCGAGGAUUCGGUUUUACAAGCAAUGAAAAACCUUUCGUCCAUGCCAAUACGUAGUAUCCGUAUUGGUCGCGAUUCGCUAACAAAUACAUCUAGAGGUGUUUGUUAUCUGGAGAUGGGAAAUGUAGUAGAUGCCAUGUAUUUACACACAGCCCUAACGAAACAAGGAUUAGUAGUAGACGGCAGAAAAGUUGAAAUUACAUACUGUAAACUUCACCAAAUAAAUAAUACCAAUACGUGGAAAACGAAUGACAACCAACCGCAAAGGUAUACUCUAGACGACGUUGCUCAAUUGGCAGAGUACAGUGCCAACUUAUACGCUAAAACGCCUGCACAGAAAGCUCAUUACCUUCAGUAUUAUACGCAAUACUAUCAGAAUCAGAUAAUGCAGGGGUCUGCUAUCACUUUGCCGUCUUUGAAUCAGACUGAUAGAGUGAAUGCGGCUGCAGCUGUAGCGCAAUCUGCCAUACAACAACUACAGGCAUCUAGGAAGUUAGGAGAUGCCGAGGAAAUGAAGAACAGGCCAACGCCUACGGCACCAACUAGUACCGCGUUAGCGAGUGGAAGAGUACCUGCGCAUGGUAGUGAUGGUAAAGUAUACUCUGUACCAGAUGUCAGCACCUACCAUUAUGACGAAUCCUCGGGUUACUAUUACGAUCCAAGCACAGGAUUAUAUUACGAUCCUAAUUCGCAAUAUUAUUACAAUAGUCACACACAACAAUUCCUUUAUUGGGACGCUGAGUCGUUCUCGUAUCAACCUGCAAAGACUGCUCCAACCGUAACACAGGCAACAGGAACCACGUCCAGUGGGACUACGAUAACUGCCACCGCUAGUAAUACCGAUUCAACGAACAUAGCCACUAAUCAAGCAACAACUUCGUCGGUACCCGCUACGGCUGCGGAAACAUCAAAGGAAGAUGAAAAUAAAAAGAAAGAUAGUAAACAGGAUAAAGUAAAAGUAGCGAAGAAAAUAGCAAAAGAUAUGGAACGUUGGGCGAAAACGUUGAAUCAGAAGAAGGAGAAUGCAAAAAGUAAUUGGAAUUCAGAAUUCGCUGGUGGUGAUGGCAAUCAAGGAGUUGGAAGCGGGGCUGCGGAUGCUGGAUACGCCAUAUUGGAGAAGAAAUCUCUUGCUAAUUCUUAUCACGAAGACGAGGAUCAGAGCGGAAAUAAUGGCUUAGUAGCUGCUUACGGUGGCGGUAGUGACACGGAAGAGGAAAUCGAAGAUGUACAACAAGAAGAAAGACAACACACGGAUUGGAGCAAAUUAGCGUGUUUAUUGUGUAAACGACAGUUUCCCAGCAAAGAGGCGUUACUUCGACAUCAGCAGUUGUCUGAUCUUCACAAACAAAAUUUGGAAAAUUGGUAUCAAGUACGCGGUUUAGACCCAAACGACCCACAGCAAAGAAACAACAAAUAUCGAGACCGCGCAAAAGAACGAAGAGCGAAGUAUGGCGAACCAGAGCCUCCACAACCAAAUAAACUCAAAGAAAAAUACCUGAAAACCAGGGUAGAAGAUAUAUCGGUAUCGUACGAAGAACCUACGAGAGCUGGUAUUGGCUCGGACAAUGUUGGCAAUAAACUGUUACAAAAAAUGGGUUGGAGCGAAGGAAUGGGUCUUGGCAAAUCGAACCAAGGCAGAACAAGUAUCAUUGAAGCGGAAAGGAGAGUACCUACGGCUGGUUUAGGAGCAAAAUCGUCAUCGUACAGUGCAUUACCUGGAGACACCUAUAAGGAUUGCGUAAAAAAAAUGAUGUACGCACGUUAUCAAGAGCUGUCUGAUACAUAAUAUAUUGAGUAUCAUUGAAAAUAGAUUUUAUAUAUAUAUAUAUAUAUAUAUAUACAUAUAUGUAUAAGUACUUGUACCCAAUUUUCCAUAGGCGAAUAGGUAUGUAUGCGUAUUUCCUGAAUAAUAUACUGGUUGCAUUACUGGUAAUUGGGAAGUGAUAAUUCAUUCUUGGGAACAUAUGUACCUUUUUUAUUUUUUAUUGUUUUUCCUAUACAUAUUUUGAUAAUACAGUACGGUCUCGCUAUAUGGCUCAUUGAGUGACUUCCCUUUCAUAUGAACUUCCACGAAUAUUAGAGGCGACUUAUUUUUUUAGCGUAACUUCUCGCAUUAAAAAAGUUAGCAUUCAUGAACUACACAACUGACAGUAGCGUUUUAACAAUCAAACCACUGCAUGGAAUAAAUUCCGUUUAUAUGAUUCUUUCCAUAAUUUUUUCCUCUCCUAUAACCUAGUCUAAAACUGUAUAGUGAGACACUAUUGUGUUUGAUAUUCUUAGGACUAAUGAAUUGAUAACAUUUUUAAUUUUACACCGUGUUUUUCCAUUCAAUUUUAAUACAUCUCACGUUUAAAUGUUCACAGUUUUAAAUUAUUUCUACAAUACAAUCUUGGAACAAUAUACGUUCGUUUAAUCAUCCUAAUACUUGCUUUUUGUAGGAAAGUACAAUGUACACCCAAGAAUGUACCGCAAAUACAUACCAAUAGAAAUAGUCGAGACAAAAAGUUACUACAUUAAGCAGUUCUCGUUUAACAGUUUGUGCACAAUGUAGUACUUUUCAUAAAUAAAAUACAUUGAAGCAUUAUGAAAUAUUUCUGUAACAAUGUAUUUAUAAAUAACUUGUUACGUUUCAUUGACAUUUCAUGAUGCUUCAUUGACAAGAAUGUAUUUGUACACUUUAGUUAUAAACUAGUGCAAUCAAACUUAUCACUGGUUGCAUGAUGUUUAUUAUAUUAUAACACUUUGCAUUAAAUUUCAUAAUUCCUUUAUAAUGUAAUUAUGACAGAUUCACAUACAUACAUAUAUAGAAAGAUAGUUAUAUUUAUACUCAUACAUAUGUAUGUAAUCUUUUUUUUUUAUUAUGAUUUACGCUGUAUUUUUUGGAUAUCACACAUUCUUCGCUAUACAUACACAUUUCUACAGUCAUUUGUAUACUUGUCAUUAUUUUUUUAAUUACAUAUGCAAAACCCAUGUAAUAAAUAAAUAGGUUAAACAAACAUAAUAAAAAUACAUGCAGCAUUUAUUGCCUGCAAUACAAUCGCGUUCGUCUUUGGAAAAUCAAAAUUUCUAUAUAUUAUUUUAUAUUUCUUUUUCUUUUUAAUGAUAGGAAUUAAAACGAAGUUGUAUUUAAAAUAUUACAUAUUUUUUACUUAUAUAUUUGAGUAUUCAAAUAUAAUUUACCUUCCUAAAAUAAAAUUACCUAUGUACAUACAAGAUGUCAAUUGUAAAUUGGUUAUACAUUCUAAAAUAUUUUUAAAUUAAACCCUUGGAGUAAAUUUUACAUAUUAUUUUUGUUGAAUGAUAUACAAUUUUCUUUUUAGAAGAAAACACGAGCAUUCUUGGUAUAAUUGUAUCAUUUAUAUCAAGACACUUGUACUUAUACCAUUAGUUGAAAUAUUUUCGAUGAUUCGACAUUUGAACUUCAAGUUUAGUUUUUCAAUAAAAUUUUUGCAAAUUAUCCAUUGUUAGAAUGUAAAAAGGGUUUGAUGCCUAAGGCUUGUUCGUAUCUUAAAAUGUAUACAUUUACCGCUAUUAAAAAGUGUUUGACUCAAUGGAGACAGUAAUAUGAAAUAAAAAAUUGUUUAGAUUGUACUAAAUAUAUUUCUUCAACUACAUUUUGCAUAUAACAUCACACAAUCUUAUUGCAACUCCGUAAUUUAUUGUUAUCAUGUAUUUUUACUGUCUUCAAUGUCUAAAGAAUUACAUAAUAUUCUAAUCAUAAUAAUAUAUUUGUUCAUUUCAGGUCAUAUAAAUGCAAUACUUAAAAAUAUUAUUAAGCACUAAGUAAUAAAUUUAUUAAUACAUUAGGAAAAAAUUGACAGUCAUAUUUAUACUUUGAUUUGUUGCAAUAUUGCUAGAGGAACAAACUACAAUAUUCUAUUUGUGUAAAGAAGUUUUGUACUAUUAAAUCCGCGCUUGCUUAAGAAAAUGGUUUUUCUAGAAUACUGCGUUACUUCGGACAUGAAAAUAAUUAGGAAAUGUAUUUGUAACUAUUUGUUAUUUCUGAUAGAUUGUGUAAUGACCAAUGAAAAAAUUAUUAGUAAAUAUUUUGUUCUCAUAAUAAAUAUUGAUACAUAAAUA